CUCCUAACUAAUUCUUCCCCUCCCUUUAAAUGCUCCACCCAUGAUCCCUUUGAUCCCAAAACAAAAGGCCCUUAAUUCUCUCUCUCUCUCUCUCUCUCUCUCUCUGUGUCUAACUUCAUCUCUACAUUAGGUAAUAAGGCCUGGAACUGGGCAAUGCGCUGCAAGGCCACCGAUCAGAAGGUAACCAAGCAGAAAAUGAAGCACAGGAAGGGGCUGUGGUCACCGGAAGAAGACCAGCGGCUCAGAGACUACAUCCUUAAGUAUGGCCAUGGCUGCUGGAGCUCCGUCCCUAUUAAUGCCGGCCUGCAGAGGAAUGGCAAAAGCUGCAGAUUAAGGUGGAUCAAUUACCUGAGGCCCGGGCUGAAGAGAGGGAUGUUUACGGUGCAUGAAGAGGAGACUAUCCUCAAUCUUCAUCGCACAUUAGGCAACAAGUGGUCUCAGAUAGCACAGCAUCUGCCCGGCAGAACUGACAACGAGAUAAAGAACUGCUGGCACUCCUAUCUCAAGAAGAGGGUGGCAAAACCUGAGCCAGUGGAGCCCUAUAUGAAAAGCGAAUGCAAAUCAGAUGCUACGGAUUCUUUGUCCUUCCAGGAAACGAAACAUAAAUCCUCUAGCAAUCGACCCACGGACGUAAGCUCCUUACCUCAGGGCAUUGUCUUUGCGGAGUGGCUGACCCUUGAUAAUAAUACUAAUGAGAGUGGUCAUGAGGGGAGCUUCUCAGAUUACUAUCCUCACUAUGGAGAUGGUGAUCUAAUGAGAAUGGCCUGUGCGGAAUCCACGGAUUGCAGCGCAAACUUGUUGCAGGAUUCUCUCCUACAGAAUGUUAUUCUACGCGAUGUUGAUAAUGGAGCUUUCAGAGGUGGGGAUCUGAUCGACGAAUAUUCUAAUUAUAGGAAGAUGGAGGAACAGAGAUCACAGAGUGGGCUCCUAUUAAAUUUUCCAUCAAGGGAUUAUAUGUUCAGCAGUAAUGAGUAUACAAUGAACAGUGACUUGAUGUACAUAUGAGGAGAAUUAGUUUUUUUUUUUUCCCCUUCUUUCGGUCGUAAAGGAGGCACGUGGGAUGAGGAGAUUUAGUCUGUUUUAUAUUGUGACGAGGUUGUUUUACUUCCAGAAUAAAAGUGAGAUUUGUUGUUGAUAGACAAAAUAUUCAAUUUGGUUUUCGAAAUAUUAGGUUGCCACAAUUUGAUGUCUCAAUGAAUUUUGUCAAUAAUUUGGUUCUCGAAAGAUUAGUUGGCCAACAAUUUGAUCAGUGUAAUUUUGUCAACAA